GGAAUUACAAUGUGUGUCAUUUAAGAGUCGGUAAUUGAAUUAACAGAGUGUGGAAUAUGCAUGCACUCGAUUUCGCUAACGCAAUUAACUGUAAAUAUCUAGUACAAUUUGCGAACGGCCAAAUCAAAUGUUUUCGCUGCCGCGCAAACUUGAGUGCCUCAAAUUUAGGCAAACAAAAAACACUUUCAUCCUUGAUCUUCAAAGGUAUUUGUUACGUUCUAAACAGCAUCACGCGACUUUCAACUUUAAGCGCAACUUAAGUUUGGACCAACCAUAGCGUUCAGUUAGAUAAGUACUGUUGUGAUUUAUGGUUAAGUCAACUCAAAAUAAGUGAAUCAUCUGGAGAGUGAAAUGUUGUUGUUGUUGUUGUUCUGAGAGGGUCAUUAAGUGUUGAUUCUAGUCUUUCACUAUGGCAAACACAGAUAAUGAAUUGGCAGAGAGGUUCACUGAGGUAGACUUGAAGGGGGUGAGGGAUGCAGGCCUGAACACCACUGCUGAUUUGGAUUAUUGUGAGGAGGCGGUCACUUCAGAUUCAGAGGAAUAUCUGUCGGACACAUCAAGAUUUGAGAACUUUAUUACAUCUACCUCCAGCGAGAUGUCUACUGUAACGCUGACGUCCCAACUAGCAGCAGAUGGUGAAAACAAUUAUAACCUGUGCAACGGCAGCUUCAACCUGAGCAACAUAGAGAUCCCAAUUGUAGGCUACGAAGUGAUGGAGAAGAGAGGCAGAUUCACAGUCUACAAAUUGAGAAUAGAAAAUAAAGCUUCUGGAGAUUGCUGGUACGUCUUCAGGCGGUACACGGAUUUCGUGCGGCUCUGCAAUCGCUUCAAAGAUUACCCUAACAUCGUACAGCAUUUACCGCGUAAACGAUUGAUAGGUAACAACUUUGAACCAGCUUUCUUGGAGGAAAGAGUGAGCAGCUUGCAGACUUUGGUGAAUGCGCUUAUCACCGAGCCGGAAUUAGCUAGCAGCCAACAAAUACAAGAUUUUUUUUGCCUAAAUGAACCCCCAAUUUACUCAGAAACCAAUGAAGAAUCUAGAGCUAUUUUUGAAGCGCUGGAAGACACAAUCUACCAAUUAAAGCAGCAAUUGAUGGAGAAAGACGGUGUUAUUGAUUCACUGCACGACAAGUUGCAUCAGCAGGCAAACGAAAAUGAAAAUUUAAGGAAACUUCUCAAAGAUUCAAAGAUGAACAGUCAGAAGGAUAAUGAGGACAUCAGCAAGAUGCUGAAGUAGCAGAGCUAAUAUUGUACCUAACUUACCAUUACCAUUAAUUUUUAUAAUCAUUUCAUUUUAACAUUUAUUAUUUUCAAAUAAUUUAUUUAGUUUUAAGAGUUUCGUAUGAGCACCAAAUAAGAAGUUCUUUGAUGAUUAUGUCAGAUGUACAUAGGGCUGUGUAUUACAUAUUUUUAUUAUAACUUUGUAAGUAUAGAAAAAAAGCAGGUACUUAAAUGAUAUAUUAAUG